UAAACAACAACAAAAAAACACCUGUAAGGCGACGCUGUUAGGCGCAUUUGAAUAAAAAUGAAAAUCCAUCGCCAUUUUUGCAUUCACCAGCUGUAAUUUGAAUAUUUUCAAUUAGUGGUUACUUUAGCCACUGCAAGCACAUUAACGAAAAAUUACAACGUAACUUGCAAAUAGGACCUUGUCUUGUAAAAAAAUAAACUGUUUUGUUAUGUUUACAAAUCAAGAAAAUCGAACUAUAGCCUAUUGAGAGUAGCCUGCACUAAAUACUAAAUAUGCAGAGGCGUUGAUUAUUUUCAUGUCAAAUGCUCACUUUGUUUAUCCUUUCUGUUGAAUUAAAAUAUAUCACAACAUCACUUAAAUGCUAUUUUAGAAUCGAAGACUUGUUUGUGGUUUUGAAGUUUGUAUUGCACAGUUAUUAACAAUGAAUAGUAAUACAUUCAGUACGAAGAAGUAACACGAGGGCUAAUCGUAGGCUAUUAAACGACCGAGCCCCCACUGUUCACAUGGAUUAAUUGAUAGUUUCCUAGAAAUGUUUUUAUUUGUAACUUCAUCCCAUUAAGAACUUACUUCAGAGAAGGAUUCUGUUCCGGCCAAUGGGACAACUCUAUUCGCAGCGAGCCAAUCAGGACAUGCUGUCAACGCUGCGUCCUGAUUGGCUCCUGGUGAAUAGCGCCGUCCCAUUGGCUGUUGCAGAUGUGCCUGCGCGUAUCUUACUGGGGGUGUGCGGGGUUGAAAGGCUGAGAAGCGCUCAUCAGAUCGCAGUGUGACAGAUCUGUAGAUGUCUUUCAGUGAUGUUCAUGGCGUGCUUUGAAUUUCCCGCACAAUAAAUGUGGCAGUUUUUGAACUCUGGAGCAGUGGGUUUUAAAUCUCUUCAGCAGAGCUCUGGAACAGGAGAAAAUUGACGUUUUGGGCUUAUAAAGAGCGUUUGAUUUCCAUUCAUCCUUUAUUUGGUGUCUUUUAUCACGUAUUUCUUUUUAGCGCAUAUACAGAAUGACGGAGUUUGAGAUCGACGUAGAGGGCCUGGAAACAGAGAGCGACGAUCAGGCGACGUUUACGGGCACAGGAGAGGACGACGCGGGCAUCAAAGACGAUGACAAACCCAGCGGCUUAAACCUCACAUCUGGAGACCAGCGCAAACUGAGCCGCACACCGAAGUGCGCGCGGUGUCGUAACCAUGGCGUGGUGUCUUGUCUGAAGGGCCACAAGCGCUUCUGCCGCUGGAGAGACUGUCAGUGCGCUAACUGCCUGCUGGUCGUGGAGAGACAGCGCGUUAUGGCUGCGCAAGUCGCCCUGCGAAGACAACAAGCGACAGAGGACAAGAAGGGGAUAUCUGGAAAGCAAAUACCGGUGGAAAGACGAGCUAUCUAUCAAAGACACAUCCGUCCAUCCACUAUGCUGGCAAAAAGUAUUUUAGAAGGAUAUCGUCCAGUGCAGACCGAUCCAUUUCUGUGUGCCAAUCCUGCUCUGCCCCCUCCUCUAAGUGACCGCAUGAGGAAGAGACGAGCCUUUGCUGACAAGGAGCUGGAGACCAUAAUGCUGGAACGAGAAUAUAAAGAACGGGAACUUCUCGAGUCCAGCCAGUCGUCCUCCGCCUCACUCUUCAUGCCUGGCAGCAUGGUCCACGCCGCUGAGUAUAAUUCCUACAAGACAGCCUUCUCAUCCUCCUCUGGCCCUUCUGCGGUUGAACCCAAUCCCAAGGAUCUUUGCAACUUCCUGCCUGGCUGUCUGGACCUCUCCCUGCAGUACGCCGCCUCAGGCGGGGCGGCCGCGAACGUGGAGCUCAUCUCCUCCAACGUGAGCGUAGCCACCACCUAUCGGCAAUACCCACUCUCACCUCGCUUUGUGAUGUGGCCACGGGGCAGCAGCAACAUUAGUGAUGCCCUGUUAUACCAGCAGUGUCUCCUUAAUGCCACGGCCGUCCAGAACAUGAAACCUGGAGCUGUUUGGGACCCAAAGAUGAUGACUUCCACCGAGAGCCAUCCGCCGGAGCAGGAAGGUGCAGCAUCCAGGGUCGAGGGAUCUCGAGUGGCUCCAGAGCCAUGUGAUCUCCAGACGGGGGAGGCUCAGACUGGACUUGGCCAGAACGGAAGUGCCCGUUCUGCCUUCUCUCCUCUUAAGAGAGCGUACGGACCAGCUUUUUCGAAUGUACCUCCGCAUCCAGGAAGCCACGAGCAUGUACUCAACAACAAAGACAAUGGCAAGCAUACGUUGUCCACGAAGCUCAACUCUUUUCAUUCCCUCAUACAACAGAAAUUAAAUGAAAAAAAUCAAGAAGUGAAUGGGCCGUACUGUAAGGAACUGCUGGAGGAAGCGGCCAAAAAGUUUAGAGAGGGAACAGCCAAAGACACAGUCAGAUUCAGAAACUCGGAGAGGGCGGUAAAGGACUUUGUAGUGAAGCCACGGAGCACCAAAGUUUCCACAGGAGAGUCUCUGUCAUUCUCAGUGGAGGCCAUAUUAAAAAGACCUUCGCUUUCAUUGAAUCGGACAUCCCAGUAAGACUUAAGCAUACAAAUCUCAGAUGUACAUGCCAACUAGAGUACUGAUUGUAUAUUUAUUUACAUACUUUAUUUGAUAAAGAAUAGUGAUCAGCAAUUUGGAGGCAAAAAACAGGUUUUAAUCUAAGCAGCAAAAUUUGCUGCUCUUUUGACGCUUCUGUAUAUUUAAAAAUGUACAUAUAUUAGACGUGCAUGUUGUGCAUUAUCAUACAUCAUAAUGUAUAGAGUAUUUAAAUGUAAAUGCUAAUUUUUUUAAA